CGUAUUAAGUUGCUAAGUUGCGACAUUGACCUAGUCGAGUCUCAAGCGCUUGGCUGCUCUUGGCUGCCUGCAAACGGGAGUAGGCGACGAGUUAUCAACGCUUUGCUUAAUUAGUUCACUGCUUUAGGUCUCCCGACGCGCCAGAAGAAGUACCGUUCGUAUAAUAUUAUUUAUUCAGGCUUUCGCUAGAAACUAUGAGCUGUGAGACUCGCUGGCGGGUUAAGCACCGCGCGCAUUUAACCGAAUAAUUUAAUUUGUAUCAUAAGUGCCGCUGCUGGUCAUAAGAACGUGAUUGCCUUUUAGCAAACCAAAAAAACAGAAAUUAACAUAAAAAACAAGAAAAAACGUAAUAAUUAAAUGCAAAAUACACAAAUGAAAUGAAGAUGUUGAGAUACUCACGGCUAGCGUCGAAGCGCGUCAAAAGCCUUGCUGAAAUCGCGCCAUCAAUGGGCUAGUUGUGUUUAUAACGCGACACCGUCAAGUUCAAACAAAUCGCAAGCAGCUGAAACGGCGAAUUUUGCGACGCGCCCGAACCGUAUACACACCCAGCUUGCGGGCGAAAGAUUAACGCGGGCCAAGAGUGACAAGAUCAACUCUGUGAUCACAAAAGUGUCAAUGUUGCAAAUUUCUCAAAUGAACUGCAUAGAAUUCCUGUGAAUUUUGAAAAAGUGCUGAGCAGUACAGAAAUAGAAAUAGAAAAAAAAUAAAAAUAUUUUAUAAGCAAUUUCAAAAUUAUUCGGAAACACUGUUUAAAAUAAAAUAAAUAAAUAAAUAAAGGUUACAUAAAUAAUAUUUUUAUAGAAAAAUUUAUAAAAAAAAUUUAAUUAGAAAAUUACUUAAAAAUAAUUAUAUAAAAAAAAUAAUUAAAAAAGACAUUUUGAAUUGAUUUCCCAAAAAGUUUUCUCCUCGAAAUAAUAAAAAAAAGAAGGAAAGCAAACCAUAAAGUCAACACAAAAUGUCCAAAAUGCGUUGGAAAGGUGUGCUGCUGUUCGCCAUCAUCAGCCUGGUGUCCAAUUGCCACGCGCAGAUUGAUUAUUUCUCAUCCAUUUCCGGCUUAGAGAAUCUGCUCCGGACUGAGGAAUAUUUGCUGCAAAGCUUCCGGGAAUAUGUGCGCGCCAGCAAGCAUCAAUUGCAGACACUCGAGAGUGAAUUGCACCGCAUAGAAAUGGAAUACGCACAGGCGGCCCGCAACACCGAAAAUUAUUUAACCAAUCCAGUCAAUGUUUAUCGCUUAAUGAAGCGCCUAACUACAGAUUGGACGAUUUAUGAGGAGCGAGUGCAAGCAGAUGAUGCUGCAAAGACUUUCUUGCGGCAAAUGUCCGAGUAUCGUGAAACGCUCAGUUUCCCAAGUGAAGAGGAUUUCAAAGCAUCUGCGGCUGCUUUGGCGCGUCUGCAGGAGACCUAUCAUCUAGAUACGGCGCAAAUAGCAGGGGGUUUCCUAAAUGGCGUCAAAUAUGGAACUAGCAUGACCUGGCAGGACUGUUUUGUUUUGGGCAAGCAACUAUUUCAUUUGGAGGAGUACAAUCACACGAAGUUGUGGUUGAAAGAGUCCAUGCAACGGCUGAGUCGCGAACCAUAUUACCGAGAUCCACACACACUCGAGUAUGUGGAGGACGUUGCAAAGAAUUUACUCAAAUUAGGCGAUUUGGAAACUGCACUUAAGCUCUCCGAUGACGUACUCAGCCUUGAUCCCACACGCGCCACUGCUUCAUAUGUGAGAAACACUAUACUCAGUCCGGUUGGUGAGCCUAAGCCAACACUAACCACAAGCCCCUCUUACUACCAUCAAACCGAGGAAUUUGAAACGUACAAGAAAGUGUGUCGUGGUGAAAUCACCGCAUCGCCCACGCAAUUGCGUCCGCUUCGCUGCCGCUACGAAACCAAUAAUCAUCCUUAUCGCCUUAUCGCCCCCAUCAAAGUGGAGGAACACAGUUUGGAUCCACUCGUGUUGACAUUUCACGAUUUUAUCGACGACGCUAAGAUUGCCACCAUCAAAUACAUGGCCGCACCGCGCAUGCAACGCUCCACCGUACGCGAUGUGGUCACGCUGUCCAAAGCCACCGACUUCCGCAUCAGCAAGAACGCUUGGCUGGCCUAUCAGGAGCACACUUACAUGCUGGACAUGUUGCGUGAUUUGCACGACAUCACCGGGCUCGAUGUGACGCGCUGCGAAAAAUUACAGGUCGCCAACUAUGGACUGGGCGGCCACUACGAACCGCACUGGGACUUUUAUUUGAACUUUGAACGCCUACCCGAGGGAUUAGGUAAUCGCAUUGCUACCGCCAUAUUUUAUCUGUCCGAUGUCGAACAGGGUGGCGCUACUGCCUUCCCGAAUUUGAAAAUCGCCAUCAAACCCAAGAAGGGCAAUGUGCUCUUCUGGUACAAUUUACACCGCUCAUUGGAGGGCGAUUACCGCACAAGACAUGCAGCCUGUCCGGUGUUGAAAGGUUCAAAGUGGAUUAGCAAUGUUUGGAUCAACGACAUAACACAGCCCUUCACCCGACCCUGCUUGUUGCACAAGGACGAUGAAAUUUCCAAACCAUAUUCCACAAUAGUCUAAUUCUUAAAUUUUUCCAUAUUUAUUUCAUAAUUUUAGUCGCUGUGAAUAUAUUUAUGUAUAUAUGUAAAUAUUUUAUAUAUCCUUAAUUAAUAAAAACAGUUUUUUAUGUAAACUUUA